UUACUGCCUUAUCGCCAUAUGUGUAUGUGAGCAUCACGUAGUAACCUACUUUGAUGACGAUACAUUAUUUUGUUAGGAAGUGCCCGGUGACACGGUUAAUGGGUGAGCAGGCGACCAGUAAGAUACGAACAUUUUGCUGUUUUGUGCUGGGUGGGGAAGAGGCGGAGACUAAAGCUGUAACUUCACGGCCAGACAGUGCAGACGUGGUCUUCUAAGUGUGUGUGUUUAAGACAGCUUUUUGCUUGUCUUGACACUGUACAAAUCUGAAAAGGAUUACCAUGGGGAUCCGUGAUCGUAAGAAACCCAGUUCAAAGAAUCCUCCCGUGUUCAGUCAUGAAUUCAUUAUCCAGAACCAUGCAGACAUCGUUUCCUGUGGGGCCAUGAUCGUACUCUUGGGUCUCAUGUUUGAGAUUUCGGCCAAAUUCGCAGUUGUGUUUGUCACUCUUCAGUACAAUGUCACUGUUCCUGGCACAGAAGAAAGUGAUUCAGUGUCUUACUACCAUUAUGGCUUCAAAGAUAUGGCUGCAGUUUUUUUCUACAUGUUGGCAGCCAUUAUUGUACAUGCCAUUAUUCAGGAGUAUGUACUAGAUAAAAUCAACAGACGAAUGCAUUUCUCGAAAACAAAACACAGCAAGUUCAAUGAGUCAGGACAACUUAGCGUCUUCUAUUUCAUUUCCUGCAUAUGGGGAGGAAGCAUUUUGUUUUCAGAUAAUUAUAUAUCAAAUCCCUUAAGCUUAUGGGAAGGCUAUCCUCACACACUGAUGUCGUUUCAGCAAAAGUUUUUUUACAUUUGUCAGUUGGCUUACUGGUUCCAUGCUUUACCGGAGCUAUACUUCCAAAAAGCAAGAAAGGAGGAUAUUCCUCGCCAGCUUAUUUACAUUGGUCUUUACCUUUUCCACAUUACUGGAGCAUAUCUGCUGAAUCUCAACAGACUUGGGCUUGUCCUGCUGGUACUUCACUACUUCAUUGAACUUCUCUUUCACAUUUCCCGCCUUCUGUACUUUUGUGAUGAAAAAAAUCAGAAAGGUUUUACAGUAUGGGCACUGCUGUUCAUCCUAGGGAGACUUCUUACUCUAACUCUGUCUGUCCUCACAGUUGGGUUUGGCCUUGCUGGAGCAGAAAACCAAGUUUUGGAUGUGAAUUCUGGAAACUUUAAUGUCUUGUUUGUCAGAAUUAGUGUUUUGGCUGCUAUCUGCUGUACUCAAGCUUUCAUGAUGUGGAAGUUCAUUAAUUUUCAACUAAGAAGAUGGAGAGAACAUAAACAGACGCAAAAUUUAAAGAAGAAGUCUGUCAACACAAAAAAUAAGCCUAAGAGAGAAAAUAAAGAAAAUGGAACAAAUGAAACAAUUACUUUGAAUGGAGCAGAUGCAGCUCGUGGUAGAAAAGAGAAGUCUUCAUAAUCUCAGUGCUCUAAUGACUGCUUUCUAUGUUUGUUUACAAGAUAUGAAAUCUCCGUCACAACAGGAGUCUUGCUGUCUCAAAGUGUCAAAACAAAAAUAUGUAGUUUUGUUUCAGGAGUGGCAUUUAAAUUUCAUGAAGUUCAGAAUCUUUAUUUUCAGCCGAGCCAUACGUGAAACAGUUAAUGCUUUUUUAAGAUGAUUUUAAGUGUGAGAAGGGACCACAGUCUUGAUGUUUCAGUUUCUAAACACAGUAAAAGUACUUCUUGAAACAAACAGAAAUUGAAGUCUUAAAGAUGUCAAUUGGAUGUUUUAAUUUUGGACAUUGAUCUAUGCAAUGUGUAUUUUCCAUCUUUUAAUCAAGUAUGAAAACUGGUUUACCACUCUACUUGCUGAUAAGAAUGACAUAAUUCAUGAGUUGAUUCUUUUGCAGCAUAUGUAAAUGCUUGAGCUUUUAUUUUGACUUUUUUUCAGAAAAUAAAAAAGGAAAAGUAUGUAUUUAUUUGCCAGUGUUAAAACUGGUUUACAUAUUUUACUCCUCUCUGAAUGGACAUUGAAAGUCAUCAUUGGUUUUCUAGCAGGAGUAUAAAACGGGUACACAUUAAAGAAAGUGAUACAUUUGCUACAUUUUUUGAUAUUACUGUUUCUACCUUUGUCCUAGUAAGAGCUGCCUUUUUAUUUCUUUUCUAUUUUAGAUGGUAGUAUUUCAUAUCUACAGUACAGCUGCCUUGGGUCAUAAGUUAAAAAAAAUAACUAUUAGUUCACCUCUUCCUGAAGUGGAAGCUGUUGUACAUCAUGGAAGAGGAAAAUGUAAAAAAAAAAGGAAAAUGUUUAAAAAAAAAAAAGAAUUGAAUUUAAAAUUAAUGCACUUAUUUGUGAUGAUGGCAGUUGCAGUUAAUUAGAACAGAUAAGCUUUUACUGUAUUGGUUGAUCUAUGAGAAUAUCCUCCUGUGUGGGUCUUGUUAUGAAUUAAUUCUGUGUUCCAUUCCAGCUAGAAAUUUUUUUUCCAAAGGUGCCUUCCAUAAUGAUGGGCAGGUCCUGCACUAGUGCCUGUUGGAGAUGUAACAAACCUUACUAGGAGAAUAUACCUUGGCCGUUGUCCUGCUAGCUCUCUUAAUACAUUUGGCAGCAUACUUUCUGCCAAAAUGGUGAGACCUUUCCUGCCUACAAGUAUAUAUAAAUGCUCACCCAAUUUACAGUGAGCUUCAACAGCAGCCAAAGGAAGGGUAACAGCAAGAGGGUAUUUGUGACUCGCCAAGAGUUUAAGUAGGGUUUUCUUGUAGAACAGAUGAUACAGUAAGACUGCAUUUGUUGUAUUUGAAGUUGGAGAAUCUUCAUUUAGCUUUUGAUGAAUCCCAAAGGGAAAAAAAGGAGUGGAAGGAGACAGAUGACAGCCAAGAGGAAAAACUGAGAAGCCCAAGUACAGAGGUACCAAUGGCGGCCUAGUCCCUGGAGUCAGAGUGCAUGCCAUUAUGCAUGAUAAUUGGUGUAAACCUGCGUCUACAGUGAAGGCAUUUGUAAGGCAAUACUAGAAAUGACCGUUCUUCUGGAGUGCACUUUUGACAGCAGCAUUUUGCCUUUGGGUGGUUUCUACACUGUAUUAGAAGAUAAUGUUGCUAGUGGUUUCCCACUUAAUGCCAAAGGGUGAUGUAGCUAACAGUCCAUUCUAAAAGGUUUGGUUGACAGAUGUCCUUUCCGACCCACUGAAAAUGAGACAGUCAUUGGUUUAUUCUUCCUAAAGCCAUGAACCCUCCUCAAGUAAAAUCUAAACUGACAAGUACAUAAGAUGUGAUUUGCACCCCCACCUUUUUGCAUUUGUAAAGAGAACAGAGAGAUGACUGGAUUGACUGAGACAUUUAUGAUACCACUUUUGACCUGAGGGGCAUGUGAUCCCAGUGAAGCAUAGAGGUGGUUUCCUGAAGAUAAUUGCAUAAAGCUACAAGAUCCUGUGAGCAGAUGUGAUGGCCGCCAGUACGAGUUUUCCAACAGAUAAACUUCAAAGCAGCCAAACCAGUGGUUAUUCUAAGGAGAGUAGGGAUUCCUCACUUAAAAAAUGCUUUUCCAGUUAGUUUUGGUCUCAUUUGUCUCCCUUACUUGAUUCUGCUGAGCAGAAGUAGCUGAUGCUUGUGCCUUGAUCAUUAAAUAUCAGAGUCCUAAAUUAUACAGGUGUCUGAUAGUUCAGGACAGCCUGCAAAUUUGCUGACUAGGGCAGCAUGGGAUACCAGUCCACCUGGAUGUAGAAUCUGUGUUGAGAAAUUCUGUUGAUGGAAGAUUUCUUGGCAGUUUCAAUCACUUUCAAAACCACUACUGGAAAAUAAAGUAGGUCUGAGGGUCUGCAGCAAGAACCAGUGCUUGAAAUGUAGCCCUUUGUCAUUCUGUAUCCCCAAGGACCUGACAACUUGAAACCACAACCUUCUUAUCCAUCAUGGCACAGUGAGACUUUGUACUGGUUUUAUCUCAGAUUUGUGAGCUUGCAUGGCAUCUGGGGAACAGUGAAAAGGAGUACAGAAAGCUCACUUAUCAGUGGAUGAGAUGUCCAUCAUUAACUUGCCUGUACCAUACUGUAUGGAGUAAAAGAGGAAUGAGAACUUCAUUAUUCUGGGUGGCAAACAGCUUGAUUUCUGAAGUGCUCCAAAUACAGACCUUCUGAACUUUGCAAACUAUUCCAGAUGAUGACUGUGGGGAGUCUCAGCAUAAUCAGGGAUGACGAGUGUGGGAGAGUUGUAGGGAAUCUCAGCAUAUUCAGGAGUCUGAUGUGAUGAUGGGCUAAUACUGCAUGCUGUUUUACAUGUUUAGGUACCAUGUAAUGGAGCACUUUCAGAGGAGCUCUGAGAAUUACUUUUCUUUCCAGAAAUGUCAGGGCAAGGAGAAGCACAUGAAGCUGCAGCUGCUUAAUAUGGAGCCUCUUUAUGUGUGUGGGGGUGGGGGAAUGACUGCCACGGAACCCCUGAAGAGCACAAAAUGAGCUCAUCAUCUUGCCAGUGAAGCAUCCUUUAAAAGAUGUAACCAGUUCAGCUACAAGAAAAAGGCCUGCCUCUAGAUUGGUGAGGAUUAUCCACCCACACUGUGGCCUGAUGACAGAGUCUUGGCACCAGAACAGGAUCUGUGAAUGAGUAGUGUUACUAUGGCUUUUGACAGUUUACAGUCCACUGCUUCACCUUUCAGGCAUGCCAGUGACACAAUUCUGAUCAAGGCCAUAUUCAAAACGAGAAGUUUUUCUCUCCUUUAGGGCCUCGAACAGUUCAUUUGCAAGCUUUCAGGCCACGGGGGAUGACCAUUUAGCAACAUUUUAUAUCAAAUGUGAUGUCACCCUGGACAAAGCCAGAGGAACCCCUUAGGCAGACUCUUGUUAAGUCAUGCAUCGUAUCCUGAGACACCAUCCAGGUGCCUUGUUAAAGCAGAACCUUGAUGCAUUGGAGAGUUACCAUUUUAAACCUAAAUACACUCUGUACAUAUUUUGAAGUCCCUUAGGCCCAGUGUGGGACAGAAGCAUGCCAGAUGUCAUAGAACUAAGAAGUCAGAAUAUAAUCUUGGGUCUCACUCUGAAGAAGGGGCAACUUUUAUGGCCCUUUGUAGAAUGAGCUUUUUUUUUUGCUUGUCUCAAGACCUCUACUGAGAUGUCUUAGUGACUGAAUGAAGUUAAUUUUGGGGAAGGACCCAAGAGUCAUAAAGUAUUGACUACUUUGUCCAGCUAGUAAAUCUGUUGGACCUUUGACAAUUCUCCAUACCUGGAUGAACACUAAGAAGUUGCUGUUGUCUUUAGGUCUUUUGCUAGAUCAGAGUGAGUGAUAUCAGCACAUCUACUGGUGGAUGCAUUUGAGAUGCUUCAUUCCAUUAAGUUGUGGGCUAAUAGUGUACUUGCCUUCUUGAGACCUGUAGGAGCAAAAUCUCUGUUUAUAAGCUGCUUAGAUGUUACCCUUGAUCAUGGGCAACAAUGGUGGAAUGAGAGGAGGUGUCUCUUCCUUUUGUCUCAGAAACUCAUUAAGAAUGUCCUGCAGGCUUGGGUGGGGGACCUACAGGCCAGUACAUGCUGGUCCUAUUUGAACCUCAUGGUCUCUUCAGAGGAGGGGAUCAUCCAGAGGUUUGGAAAUGGAGACGUCAUUAUCCUUACUCAUUGCUAAGGUAGUGGUUUCCUGAUCCUCUUCACAGGAUGCCGAAGAUAAGUGACCCCCUGCCUUCGUAGCUGUUCAAAGAAAAUGCUUGUGAGUGGAUGGUGUGAGGAUUCUGUGUGAAAUAGGUAAGCACAAAGUACUGAGAGGUUGCUUUGAGGAUUCUGUGUGUAAUAGGUAAACACAAAGUACUGAGAGGAUGCUGUGAGGAUUCUGUGUGUAAUAGGUAAGCACAAAGUACUGAGAGGAUGCUGCUGAGGGAUGUGCUUGCCAACAGCAGUACAGACACUUAAAAAGCCUGCAUAAGACCUUUUGCUGAUGCCUUUUGCUGAUUAUCAGGCCAUGCUCUAAAAGGGUGCUGUCACUCAUUUGGGCAGAUCCCACUAGGCAUUAAACAUUUUUAUGAAUUAUUUGACCGGAACCAUGGACCCUGGUAUCAAAAGUCCAAAUGAACCAGCCCCAGCCUGGACUGUCAAAUCCUACUGCACCCAGGGGAAGUUUGAGGAGAUGUGACCUCUGUUCCAAGUACUAAUGCUGGGCUGUGUCCACAUGACUCAAGAUUCUAGUCCCUAGGAUCAAGUUAACCACAGGCAUGCUGUAUAUGAUUAACCAGGGGCUAGGUAAUGAUUGUAUUUAAAACACACCUCAGUAGGCAUAACUGUACCUAGGAUGCACCCCAUGGGUAGGCAGUGAGUAAACCUAGGACACAUUGCAUAAUCUGUUUGCCAGGAGUGCAUCUCCAUCUGGCUCAGCUUGAUCUUGCCAGUACAGGAUAGGUGUGAACUUGAGCUUCUGUUAGUCAGUGGUGCGGUCACAGCACAUAGGAGCUGGAGUGCCAUAAAAGUAGUGGAUUUGCCUCCAGUAUUGCUUGACUGAUACCUUUCAUCACUCUUAUUCUUUCAGUGGUGCUUGAGAAAGGCCUGGAUUUGCUUUAUAGAUCAUCCGUUUAAUCUCCACACUGGCCACUUCCAUCAUUCUUCCAGAAGAUCUUUCCUCCUAUGUUUGGGCAUGACUGGGUUAUAACUCUUGAUCUUAUGACAAUGGGCUGUUCACAUAUUAAUCACAGGAACACUUUGAAGGUUUUAUUUAACAUAGGUUCAUAAGUAAGUAAUAGGCUGUCAGUGUGCAGACUAUUAUAAGCCUAGCCAAUAACCAGAGGUCAGAAUCAAACCUUGUUAUCUCAUAUCUGUGAGGCGAUAACCUUAACCAUUAUGCCAGUCAUCAAAACUUGGGAACUUCAUUAUGUUGACCAUCAGGACAGAGAUGUGUGUAGCAGAUGGAGUAGAAGGAAAGGACUGGCAUGUCAGAGGCUAGGCACGCUGUAAUAAUUCAGCCUAUAUUCUCACACAAGUGCUAGUAUAGGCCAUGUGUAUAUCUCCAAGUGCAGGAUUUCAGAGAAGUGCAGGAUUUCAGAGAAGACAAAAAUACUGAACUGAAAUGGAAGAGAAUGUGAACCCAGCAGCAGAUUCACAGAGGAGGGUCUUCAUUGUUAGAUCAUUUAUUUCUACUGCUGUAGCAUAAUGAAAAAACACUGAGAUGGAACACAGCUAAGACUAAACGUGGGCAUAGCUGACUCAAUUUAAAUGCACACAAACUUACACACACACAACAUGUUUCCGUCAGAUGCAGUCAGCUGUGCUUAAAUGACUGUUAACAUUUUUCUGGAAAAGUAUCUGCUUCUUGUGAAGGAAUGCUCUGGUCUUACAGAUCUUGCAUAUGAAAUAAAUAACUGAAACAAA